AUGAUUUCCUAUAUUGCUCUCUCACCUUCAGUACCCGUUGCGUAUCUCGCAACCGCAAGUCUGGCCUUCUACAUCCUCCUGAACAUUCCACAACAACUUCGGAAUCUAUGCUUCCCGAUCUUCCUCGUGCCUGCAUGGCGAGCUUUUGCUACAGCUGGAUGCCUCACGUGGCCGUCUUCUCUGUCUGGAGUCUGGGGGCUUGCGGUUCUGAUUUGGAUAGCACAUAUCAUCGGCUUGUUAUACAUUGACAAGCUACCAGUGCAGAGCAAGAUCAGAAAGCAGUGGGACAUCAAGGCUACUUACAAGCUGCUCUUUGAUGUGCGCCACUUUGAUACAAACCGGACAACUUCUCCAUCCGGUGCUGUAUCAGUGUCCAGGACGGCUUCACUUGUCUUUGUCGCAUCUCGUCUCCUCAGACUCGUCGUGUACUGGCAACUUACUGUGCAUCUGUUCACGCCUCUCAUACCAAUGAUAUUUGGCCCCCUCGAGCCAUGGGAAUUCGACCAAUACGCUCAAACAUAUCUACGACGAUUGCCAAUCUUCGAAACUCCAGAGCCGGUCACGGCACGCGAAACGUGGAUUCGAGCUGUCUUCACGUUCCGCUGGAUAUGGCUCAACUUCGUCGACGUCGAUGCCGCACAUACUUUCUUUAGCAUCAUCUUUGUCGGCGUAUUACGACUUGACUCGCCUGAAGAGUGGCCAGCUAUGUUUGGGAGUCCUUUGGAGUCUUACAGUCUUCGUCGCUAUUGGGGAAGAUUCUGGCAUCGUUUGGUCUACAGACCUUACGUUGGUCUUGCGAAAGUGGUGGCUGGAAAGCUGCAUGUACGCAGCAUGGGACCCAGGGUUGAGAAGACUUUCCUCGUCUUUCUGAUCUUCUUCAAUUCGGGUCUGGCUCAUGCUAUUGUGUCUCUUCAUAGUGGCAACCUCGCUGAGGAUGUUGAUGACAUUGCUUUCUACUGCAUGAACUUUGCCGUCAUCGCCGCGGAGGGAGUGAUACAGAAUCUCGCCUCGCCAAUCCGAAAGUUCCUGCCCAGCUGGUUAUGCAAAAUUAUUGGGUUUGUCUGGGUGUUUACGUUUUGGUUCUGGGCGGCGCCGAAAUGGGCUUAUCACGAGGUGCACGAGGAACUUCUCAACGAGGUCGAAAGAAGAAACAGGAUUCAAGGAUUAAGACUGUUUACAGGGAUGCUGGGUGGAGAACAGUUCAGAUAG